AUGAGGAUUGUACAUGUGGACUUUGAUAAAAGUCAGUGCAAAGGGAAGAAAGUAGAGUGGAAGCUGAAAGAGAGUAGAGACAUGUUGCCGUUACCAAGAGAAUCUAGGCAAGAGUACUAUGUACUUGAUGCUGAAGUUGUAGUAUUUGCUGUGAUCAGUCCACUAGAUCCUUCAAGUUCUAUUACUUUCGCUACAUCGCCUUUUCCCACUUACCACCAUCCUAGCAUACAUGACUCGAUGCGUAGAAUAGUUAUAUUUAGGGCAAAAGACACUGGUGUAGAGAAUGAGACUGGCCUAUUAGUAAUAAUAGCCCUAGUCGCGCAACCAUUCCGCGGUACCCCACUCACCUGCUCAGUUCUAGACCUCUCAGAGGAGGAUAAUCGAACCGAGCGCGUCAGUGUCAUCUACCUCGUCGAAAGAAUCAAGGGAUACCACGAAAAAGGCAGCAGACAACAGCAAUACCAGACCUUACUCUUUCGCCAAGAUUGUUCUUCUGUCGAUUUUCGCUCUCGCUUCGGCGGUCCUAGUCGCUUAUUAUCUGCCCAGCAACGUGGAGGUCACUCGGGGAGCAUCGGCCAGACUCUUCUCUUCUGUAUCACGCCUUUUUGCGACGAAAUCGGUCGUCUCUUCUUCCCGGUUCCUGGAGAAGACAGCAACAGCGGUUUCGUUCGCGAGCCAGUCGCCAGUUCCAGUUCCAGUUUCCAAGUGGAAUACCACCGUCAUGAGACCCCCUGUGUAUUUUCUGAGCCAUGGAGGGAAAGAAUUUCACUAACCAAUCUGCCAUUCGACCCCUUGUCACAGCCAAACAUCAUGUAUCAACAUGACCAUCCUGCCCAUCGCAAGCUGCAGGAAAUUGGCCGCGAGAUCACGACCAAGGUGAAGCCCAAGGCCGUGGUUGUCUUCUCGGGGCAUUGGCAAGCGGGUCGAGAUACGAUUCAGGUGAAUACGGCUGAGGUGACGGAUCUCAUUUACGAUUUCUAUGGCUUCCCAAAACACUACUAUGAGGAGAAAUACCCCAACGUAGGGAGUAGGGAGGUUGCAGAAAAGGUUCUUGCUGCCCUCAAGGAAGCCGGUAUAAAGGCUGAGGGUGUUAAGAGAGGGCUUGACCAUGGCGUCUGGGUCUCGCUCUUCGACAGCGAGGAUCCGAUCCAGCACUACCGCCUCGGCCAGGCGCUGUCGAAGCUGCGCGACGAAAACAUCCAGAUCAUCACGUCCGGCAUGGCCGUGCACAACUUGCGCGACAUGCGCUUCACCUGGGGCGACCCGCGGCCGCUGCCGUACGCCGUCAGCUUCGACGACGCGCUCAAGGAGGCUGUGACCACUGCGCCCGAGAAGCGGGAGAAGGCCAUGGCGGACCUGCUCAAGAGGCCCGAUGCGCGGCAGGCUCAUCCGACCUUUGAUCAUAUCCUCCCCAUCCACGUCGGGGCCGGUGCGGCGGGGGAGGAUGUCGGGAAGAGACUGUUUACGCUGAACGAGGGGAGCUUGGGUUGGGCGCAGUUCCGGUUUGGGGAGGUCCCUACUACUAACGGGUCGCUGUAA